UCCUUUGUUUUUAACGACGACUUCGUCGAGAAAGGUUUGCUCGUCACAUUUCUUUCGGCUGACUCAUCCAAAUUAUUCGUCAAUUUUUAACACCGAAGCAUCGAAACAUUUCUCGAUAACGAACAAACUUUUCUUAACAUUCUCAGAUCACAAAUAAUACGUCCGUUUAACAGUGAAGAUAUUUCGUUAAUAUGUGCGACCAUUGCGCAAAAGUCACCAGCCAAAAAGGAUAUGCUGGCCAAGUAACGUGCAAGUGCGAGCAUGGCGAGAAGAAGGAAGAGAAGAAGGAAGAAGGUGGCUGCUGCAGCAGAAAAGCGAGAGAAGUUGCCGGUGGUUGCUGUAUGUCAGGCUGUUGCAAGGACAAAAACAAUAAGGCCAAAGAAGUUCGAAAAGAAGGUUGCUGCGGGAAAAAUAAUAAUAAAUCAUGAAGACUAUGUCAAUCUUAAACCAUAUGCGAUAAUUCUGUAAUGCUGUUUUCGAAAUAAAUAUAAGCGAUGCUUCGGUAAA